AUGAAAACUCCCUCACCCGUUUCCAGCUUUGCUUUCGUGAUGAGUCUUUGCGCGAUCCUGCUCACGGCUUGCGACGGCACCGGCACGGUGAGCGCGUCGGAGCGACCCGCCGCUGACGAUCUGCGAGUCACCCGCGGGGCAAUCCGUCCGCGCGUUCUGCUCACCGGUGAGCUCGAGGCCGCCGAGAGCAUCCACAUGAAAGGUCCCAACACUGCAGCCUGGCAGCUACAGAUUCGCUGGUUGGCGGAAGAGGGCAUGACGGUGAAAGCCGGUGACAAGGUAGCAGAGUUCGAUAGCUCCCAGUUGGGCAGUAGCCUCCAAGAGCUAAGUGCCCGCGAGAUCGAAGCGCACAACCAGCUGUCCUCGCUACGGGCGCGACUAGUCGCCGAUGAGGCAGAGGCCGAGUUCGCUGUCGAACGUCAGCGAGCGGCGCUCGCCAAAGCCCGCUUGGAGGCCGAGAUCCCCGAAGGCCUGGAGCCGGCGAUCGAGUAUCAAGGCAAACAGCGCGACUACGAGCAAGCGCAGCUCGAGCUCGCCCGGCUGGUGCAGGAACUGGCCAGCAAGCAGCAGGCGAGUAGCUCGGAGAUCGCUGUCGAGGAGAUCGCCCUACGCCAGGCAGCGGCGGAGAAGGAACGGGUGGCCGAGGCGAUCAGCAAGCUCACUUUGGUCGCGCCGCGCGAUGGGCUGGUGAUUCUAGGCACCAACCCGCGUGAGAGCCGGACCUUCCAGACUAGCGACAUCACUUGGCCGGGACUCACCGUCGCCGAGAUGCCGGCUCUGGAUUCGCUGCGGAUCAACGCUCGGCUGUUGGACGUCGACGAUGGCCGGGUUCGUCCGGGUAUGCCGGCCAAGGCUGUGCUCGACGCCUAUCCGGACGAGGUACUCGAAGGGCGGGUGGAGUACGUCGAGCAGAUCGCCCAGCAACUCGGCCGCAGAUCCCUGCGGCGCUCUUUCCGAGUCCUGGUGAGCCUCGAUGCGAUCGACCUGGAGCGCAUGCGGCCCGGCAUGUCGGUCAAGGUGGUGAUCGAGGGCGAGACGGCUGGCGAGGCUGACCUGAUUCCGCGUCAGAGCUUAGAGUGGACUGACCAAGGCCCGCGGGCACGGCUCGCCGACGGCGACUGGCGUCAACUCGAGCUCGGUAGUUGUGAUGCCUGGUAUUGCGUUGUCAAGAGCGGGCUCGAGUCCGGCGACCGGCUGGCUCCGGCGACGGGAGUCGCGCGAUGA